AGAAAUUAUGACCAUAAACGGGAAGAUCGAGAACUAGAGUCUAUGUAGAAGACAUGUUAUGUAUCACUGGACCGGUGUAUUGUCAUCACUAGUGAAUGGGUCAUUAAGGGCACGGCGUUCGUAGAUAGAUCAUCAAGGAGGUGACAACUAGGAAGAUAGUAUGCCUCCAACACGGGAUAUUCUGGGAGCUUGGUGGUGUCAACAACUAGCACUUUCCCCAAGACUUUCACCAGAAGGUGGUCUUGAGUCUCUGCGCUGGCCUAACGGCUGUUGAAUAUGUCGGGGCCAAAAAGCUCGUCAGUGAGAGUGCGGCUUUGGUUUCGACCAAUAUUGCUUUAGUUCUUUUCCUAGGCCAAUAACUAUCUCCUUUUGAAGUACUCCUCGUUUAAUACUUGGGUACUGCAUGCGGAUUGUUAAUAUUAAAUUGCUUAGGACAACCACCCGUUCUUCGGACAGUAUAUCAAGCUUAUACUCCCACGGAAUUGUAUAUCAAAUGGUCGAGGGAGCACCCGGAAGCACCCUUCAUUCGAUAUCUCAGCUGGGCCAAUACCGAAAUACUAGUGGUUCACAGUUUUGCCGCUCACAAAGAAGUGCUCCAGACUCAGUGGUACUCUUUCGUAAAGCCGAAAUGGUCUCUACACUUUAUCAAAGAAAUCAGCAGAAAGGGUGGAAUCAUCCUGAUGGAUGGUACAGAGCAUCAGGUUCAUCGUAAGAUGCUCUCGGGGUCUUUCUCGUUGCAGAAUGUGCGCAAGUUAGAGCCCGUCUUCCAAGCCAAGACCCGUGACCUUUCUCGAUAUUUUGACAAAUGUAUCCGUGAAGGUAACGACGGGAACACUGGUGUUGUGGACUGCACGCCGACUUUCUCGAAAGCCACGCUGGAUAUUAUGGGCUCUAUUAUCCUCGGCAUCGAUCUGAACCACGUAAAGCCCGACGAGAAUGGGAGCGAUCAUGACCUUCAUGGCCAUGUAAGUACGGUAAAGUACCUCGUUCGCAAGUAUCGAUUUAUCGGCAUAACCCAGUCGUUUACCGUCGAGAAUCCCAGUUUGACUUUUCGACCUGUCGGGUUAACGAGUAAAUAUUUACUUUAGCUCGAGUGGUCAAGAAUCAAGAUUGGGUAUGAAAUUUCCACCUAACCCAAUCUUGUCUUUUAAGCUUGGGCUAUCCCGCUU